AUGAAGCUAAGCACGUCUAUUCUUUCCAUUGCUGGCCUCCUCGCCACCCACGCUGCCCCCGCCGUCGCUGGGAAGUACGAACAAGCAGUCUCCUUCGCCACUUUUAGUUCCACAGGCUGCAACGGCGGACAAACCGACUACCUCGUUUCCGAUGGAGUGUGCAGAGGUCUCCCAGGCAAAGGUCUCAAACUGUGGUGGAAGCAACCCGGAUGCGAAAUUCGAGUUUUCACUGGAAACAACUGUGACGGCGAUGCUGCAAACUUGGGUAUCAUUGAUCGAUGCUGGGAUGUUUCUUUCCGGUAUUCUUACCAGGUCUACUGUUAG